GACAUAAUACGUACUUUUCAAGCUCACCUAAUAGGCCGAUAUAAAUUGUUGUAUAGACGUUUAUACCUGAGUUAGGCCGAACUACUUUCUUUUUUUCCUUCUAUAAUUUUCUUUACUUCCUUACAGUUGCACCGACUGUGCUGUAGAAAUAGCUCUUAUCGCAUCCCGGUCGCCACUAUGAUCGAAGGUAAUUUUAGUUAUAGGGCACUUCUGGGGCUUUUGCAAAACUGCACUAGUGCUCCGACUUCUAUUAGGGAUGUGAGCAAGUGGAUCGAACAGUACCACCAACACAGCACGCACAUUGUACAGACAUGGAAGGAGUAUUUAUGGAAUGCUGGCAUCGACAAAAAAAUCAUCGCGUUGUACAUAGUCAACGACGUGAUGCACCGGUGCAAGCACCGUAAGAACCCGGAGUUCUACUCGCUGGAGGCCGAGUUUAACUCCGUCAUAGUUGACAGCAUGAGCCACGUGUACCAGGACGCGGUUGAGACGUCGCCGGCGACGGUAUCUAAGUUGGUCCACUUGAGCAACACGUGGUGCGCCAAGGGCAUAUUCACCAAGGAGGUGAACGUGUGGAUUCGAGAGCACAUGAACUUGCCCCCUUACGACCAGGCGAGCGCUCCGGCGAAGGGGGUGGCGGCGCCGGGGUCGUCGCAGGCGAGCCAGGACGUCUCGAACGCGGGCAACGACGCGGAGCACGCGAGUCCGGGCAGCAAUCGGGGUGGCGGGGCGGGCGGCGCGCUGCUGGGGGGGGCCGAGGAGGGCGGCGCGCUGGCGAGCGGUCACAAUUCGAAUAUAGAGGUUUUGUCUACGUUGUCGUCGACGCCGGAUUUUGCCGGGCGCGUGAUACCGUGGUACUUGCAGAAUUUCUACAAGUUGGGGAAGAUUCUCGAGAGUUCGUUGUUGCGCUACAACGUGAUCAAGGCGAAGGUGGAUUUGUUUUCGCCGGACUCGUUCGUCAUACCGCCGCUCAAGAAUUGCACGGACAGAGAGGUCAUCCAGUUGUCCAACGACUUGUCGAACAAGAUUUCGGUGCUGACGGAUUACUUGACGCAGAUAGCCGAGCUUCGGAUGGGCUACCAGCUGUUUCAGAGGUUGGAGAUGUGCAUACUGGACUACGAGAAUCGGAUCAUGGACAAGGAGGUGGUGGAGGACACGUUGAGCAAGCACAGGGGCUGGAUUCAGACGCUGGACCAGGAGAAGAUAAAGGUAGAGAUGAUGCAGGAGAACGCGAACAGGGCGAAGGUGCCGUUGCAGAAGCGAUACAGGGAGUUGACGAGCAGUCCGGCGUCUGCGAGGGCGCCGGCGAAGGAGCCGUUUUCGACGGGGGGGGACGGGUCGAGGUACUACGAGUCGCACCCGCACUCGAGGAGGGAGAGAGAGUACGACAGGGAGAGAGAGUACGAUGGCAGGAGUCGGGAGGGGGAUUACAGGAGAGCGGAGGGAGAGUCGGCGGGGGGGAGGGGUGGCGGCGCGGAGGGGUUGUUGCAGUCUGGCGCGGCGAGUGCGAGUGGGAGUCGAGAUGCGGAGCCGUUGGAGGGGCCGUCGGUGGCGAAGGAGCACGCGGUUGGCUUUAGCCGGAGAGACAAUCAUUUUAGACGGGAGUCGUCUUAUUACGGCAAUCAGUAUGGUGGGUAUCAUGCGGCGCACGGUGGUUACUCCCACUCGUACGGCGGCAAUUACUACGGCAACAACCGGGAGGGGGGGGGCGUCGUACCGCCAGCCUUCUUCGAACUACGUUGGCGGGGGGUGGCAGGAACGCGAGCGGCCACGGAGGGGCGAGGAGUGGGCACCCGGCGAGCAUGGGCUACCGAGGUGGAGGCGGCCACAAUCAGGGGAGGCACCGGGUGUUCGCGUCCGAGGAGAAGCAGGAGAGUGGAGGCGGUGGGGUGAGUGGAGGGGGGGGUUUGGCGUCGCCGCCGGCG